AUGUUUAGCGAUGCAACAAUAACAAAGCUGAAAGCUAAUGCCCAAACAAUAGCUCAGAUCCAAACUAAUGGUAUGGAAUGCCAACCAACGCAUGUGGAGGUGGUGACAGCAGUGACAUGGAAGGCCCUUAAAAGUGUAGCUCGAGCAAAACAUGGGCGCUUGAGGGAUUCAUUGCUCAUCCAAACUGUGAACAUGAGGGGGAGAACAGUCCCACCAUUGCCAGAGAUUUCAUUGGGAAACUUUUUGUUGGCUGCCAUUGCUCGAUCCUCAGCAAACGAGAACAAGAUGGAGGUGCAUGACUUGGUUGGUUUGGUUCGAGAUGAAACAAGAGAUGCCAUUGCUAAGUUUGCCAAACUAUCUGUCCUGAAUGGUAAUGAGUUUAUGUUGAUGUUGGAAAACAUCCUCACCAAAUACCUGGAAGGAUUGUGCAACAGCAAGGUUGAUGUGAGACGUUUUAGCAGCUUGUGCAAGUUUCCGCUUUAUGAAGUUGAUUUCGGAUGGGGCAAGCCGGAUUGGGUAAGUCUAACAAGCUCUCCUGCAGAAAUGGUAUUCCUGUUGGACUCCAAAUGUGGGGAAGGCAUUGAAGCAUGGGUGAAUUUGAAUGAACAAGACAUGUUCCACUUUCAACAAGACCCGGACAUUCUAGCCUUCUCCCCAGUUGAUCAGUUGCCAUACCUGAUGCAAAGUAAAUGUUUCAUGUAG